UGGCAUCAACGCAAUAGAAACCAAAACACAAAACUAUUUAUAACAACCCUAGGAACAGUAAGACAUUAAGACAAAACCUGAAAAUAAUAAACAGAAGCUGAUACCAUGAUCAUAAAAUAUAUAUAAAGAUAGAAUAAUUCUUCCAUAAAAAUAACCUAACUCUUCUUCGAGUACCUUUAAUCUUUAUCAGCUGGCAUAAAAAUGGUGAAAGUGGCAUACGAUCCACCAACGGAAAGGUUCCCUUACCGCAUUAGAAGACGGUUCAACGUGCUCAGCGAACCCAAACGUGUCGAGGAUACAGAGAGCCUGCCUGAUGUGACCGAGGCCGGCGUGAGGCGGUCAGCGCUGAGGUACCAGGGUUCUGACAGGGUGAAUGAUGUCGCUUUGCCGAAGAUCAGGAAACUGAUUAUCUUGCGCAAAAUGUACAAAAAUAGAUUCAGUCCAGAGAGACUGGAGAAGAUAGACAGAAUGAUCGAAGCGGCCAACGCGACGAUUUACACCAAGCUAGCAAACGCCGUCAUAGAUUUGAAGAAUCAGGGCAUGGACGACAGGCGACGCGGGUGGACGGAGAGCGACUGGCGGAAGCACAUGGAGUAUAUCAACCUAAUCGCACGACCGAAAGAGCCGCCAAGUCCGCCACCAGUUAUGCGAGGACCACGUAAGUCCCUCAAGGAUCUCCUCCCGCGCAUCGCCCGGAUGAGCCGCAUGCCGGACUUCAAGGAGUAUCGCCGACUGUCGCAGGAGUCAUGGUACAGGGCGCCGGGGAAGGUGUCGGAAGCAGCUCUCAAGUACAACAUAUCGGAGCGGACCAAGAAGCUAGCUGUUCCUAGAGUUGUAAAUACACACUUCUAGCCACCUAGCAGCAAACCAUAGACUAAGCAAUACCCAAACAUGCAAUAAACCUAUACAACUGAA